GAGGAAGGAGGCGGACUCUGGGUCUCGGCCCCAUUCAUUGCCGCGGCCGGCCGGGCGGGGGUUCGGUAUUUUCCGAGUUAUGGAGGCGCUAAUUCCUGUAAUCAACAAGCUCCAGGACGUAUUCAACACGGUGGGCGCCGACAUCAUCCAGUUGCCUCAGAUCGUGGUGGUGGGGACGCAGAGCAGUGGAAAGAGCUCAGUGCUAGAAAGCCUAGUGGGGAGGGACCUGCUUCCCAGAGGCACUGGUAUUGUCACCCGGAGACCUCUCAUUCUGCAGCUAGUCCAUGUUUCACCUGAAGAUAAACGAAAAACAACAGGAGAAGAAAAUGACCCUGCUACAUGGAAAAACUCAAGACACCUUUCUAAAGGGGUUGAAGCAGAAGAAUGGGGUAAAUUUCUUCACACCAAAAAUAAGCUUUACACAGAUUUUGAUGAAAUUCGACAAGAAAUUGAAAAUGAAACAGAAAGGAUUUCAGGAAAUAAUAAGGGAGUAAGCCCUGAACCAAUUCAUCUUAAGAUUUUUUCACCCCAUGUUGUCAAUCUGACACUUGUGGAUUUGCCAGGAAUGACUAAGGUGCCUGUAGGUGAUCAACCUAAGGAUAUUGAGCUUCAAAUCAGAGAGCUCAUUCUUCGGUUCAUCAGUAAUCCAAAUUCCAUUAUCCUCGCUGUCACUGCUGCUAAUACAGAUAUGGCAACAUCAGAGGCACUUAAAAUUUCAAGAGAGGUAGAUCCAGAUGGUCGCAGAACCCUAGCUGUAAUCACUAAACUUGAUCUCAUGGAUGCGGGUACUGAUGCCAUGGAUGUAUUGAUGGGAAGGGUUAUACCAGUCAAACUGGGAAUAAUUGGAAUAGUUAACAGGAGCCAGCUAGAUAUUAAUAAUAAGAAGAGUGUAACUGAUUCAAUCCGUGAUGAAUAUGCUUUCCUUCAAAAGAAAUACCCAUCUCUGGCCAAUAGAAAUGGAACAAAGUAUCUUGCCAGGACUUUAAACAGGCUACUGAUGCAUCACAUCAGAGACUGCUUACCAGAGUUGAAAACAAGAAUAAAUGUUCUAGCUGCUCAAUAUCAGUCUCUUCUAAAUAGCUAUGGUGAACCUGUGGAUGAUAAAAGUGCUACUUUACUGCAGCUUAUUACCAAAUUUGCCACAGAAUAUUGUAACACUAUUGAAGGAACUGCAAAAUAUAUUGAAACUUCAGAGCUAUGCGGUGGUGCUAGAAUAUGUUAUAUUUUCCAUGAGACUUUUGGGCGAACCUUAGAAUCUGUUGACCCACUAGGUGGCCUUAACACUAUUGACAUUUUGACUGCCAUUAGAAAUGCAACUGGUCCUCGUCCUGCUUUGUUUGUGCCUGAAGUUUCAUUUGAGUUACUGGUCAAACGGCAAAUCAAACGUCUGGAAGAGCCCAGCCUCCGUUGUGUGGAACUGGUUCAUGAAGAAAUGCAAAGGAUCAUUCAGCACUGUAGCAAUUACAGUACACAGGAGUUGUUGCGGUUCCCUAAACUUCAUGAUGCCAUAGUUGAAGUAGUGACUUGUCUUCUUCGUAAACGGUUGCCUGUUACAAAUGAAAUGGUCCAUAACUUAGUGGCAAUUGAACUGGCUUAUAUCAACACAAAACAUCCAGACUUUGCUGAUGCUUGUGGGUUAAUGAACAAUAAUAUAGAGGAACAAAGGAGAAACAGGCUAGCAAGAGAAUUACCUUCAGCUGUAUCACGGGACAAGUCUUCUAAAGUUCCAAGUGCUUUGGCACCUGCCUCCCAGGAGCCCUCCCCUGCUGCUUCUGCUGAGGCUGAUGGCAAGUUAAUUCAGGACAGCAGAAGAGAAACUAAAAAUGUUGCAUCUGGAGGUGGUGGGGUUGGAGAUGGUGUUCAAGAACCAACAACAGGCAACUGGAGAGGAAUGCUGAAAACUUCAAAAGCUGAGGAGUUACUAGCUGAGGAAAAAUCAAAACCAAUUCCAAUUAUGCCAGCCAGUCCACAAAAAGGCCAUGCUGUGAAUUUGCUGGAUGUGCCAGUUCCUGUUGCACGAAAACUAUCUGCCCGUGAACAGCGAGACUGUGAAGUUAUUGAACGACUCAUCAAAUCUUAUUUUCUUAUUGUCAGAAAGAAUAUUCAAGACAGUGUGCCAAAGGCAGUAAUGCACUUUUUGGUUAAUCAUGUAAAAGAUACUCUUCAGAGUGAGUUAGUAGGACAGCUGUAUAAAUCAUCCUUAUUGGAUGAUCUUCUGACUGAAUCUGAGGACAUGGCACAGCGCAGGAAAGAAGCAGCUGAUAUGCUAAAGGCAUUACAAGGAGCCAGUCAAAUUAUUGCUGAAAUCCGAGAGACUCAUCUUUGGUGAAGAGAACUAUGUAAUACUGAGACUCCACUGACUUGCUAGUUACUGCCUACUUGAGUAGAAUUUUAUUUAUGAACUCCUGUGUAUUGCAAUGGUAUGAAUCUGCUCAUGUGAAGACUGGCUAUAAACUGAAAAUUAUACUCUGUAUUGCAGAACAAAUCACACAUUUAAUCCAAAUAAUAAAUGGCUGUUUCUAAAAUUUCCUAGUAUAUAUAAAAUACAUCGUCUGUCUUGUGACAGUUUCAUCUGAACUUAAAAAGAACUGUUAAUAGUUCUAGUUGUACAAGCAGUUUGUCUGUGGAUAAGAUGACCUGUGUAAUCUGCUAGUAGUCUUAAAGCUGCUGCCAUAGCCCUUCAAGAAGAAUGCACCAAGACACCAUGUCAUACGACUAUAAUGCAUGCACUAUUAUUUAAACCGAACUGGCUUUGAAAGAGGUGGGUUGACAAGUUACUCAGUAGUCAGUCAGUCACUAUUCCAGCUGUUCUUUGAUUUAGUUUUAUUGAGCUUCUCUGAAACCUUUGAUGUGUUUGUAAGAAAGCUGAACACACGAGAGGAUCUGUAACAUUGACAAUGAAUGAUGUGAUGUGCAUAAUGUGUAGCUACAGUCCUUCCACUUCUGGGUCCAUAUUCCCCUGGUGCGUUAAAAAUUACAAUAUCAUCUUUGAUCUUACUUAAACGUGGAAGCAUGAAUUAUGUUUUCCUGCAUUAAGAACAUCUAGCCUUGAUUAUCUAGUAAGACUUGGUAAUGACCAUCUUUCCUUUUAGUUUUCAGAAGUCCUAAUAAAUUCCCCUUGGUUUUCAAAUAUAAUAGUAAUAAUUCAGAUACAUUUUUAAAUUGGAGCCCUCUGACCAUGCUUCAAGAUUCACUUGGAGGUGGGACUUAAAACCAAAUACUGUGGUGAUUUUAAGUGUAUCUUCUUCCUAUUAGUUGUUAAUAGUUAGUUACUUUUGCUUCACACCAACAAAGUACAUUAGAAUAGAAAGUAACGGUGGGGCUUUAUUAGUUAAAGAAAAACGUCCUGACACACACACAUAACUCCUAAAGGCUUUCAGGGGGUUGGGAGUAAGGUUUAGAACAUAUACACAUUUUACCAAAAUUCCCCAGGUGAUUCUUGAUAUGAAUUACAUUAUAAGUUUUAAAAUGAUAAAUUACAUAUUGCAGAUAUUAAAGUCUAUUUUUAAGUUACGACAUUUAUGAAGGACUACUGGCAGGAACAUAUGAAUAUGUCUGUUACUCUUAGCUAAUGGCACCCAUUUACUGUACUAAGAGAAAACAGACUCAGCAACUGAUCUCAAACAUAAAAAAACAGAUUCAGUCUGAUAUGAUAUGGUACUACUUAUACUUAGCAGUACCAUCUUCAUAGAAUACAUGCUUCCAGAAUGUUUAUUAGCAUACUUUAAAAUCACUCUGCCAUUUUUAAACAUCAGUUUUGAAAUUAUAGCCAUCCAUGAUUUACUUAUUUCAGAUAGAUCAGAUGACUUCCAUUCUAGUCUAGCUUUUUUAAUUUGUAAGGGGGGAAGAAAACUUACAAUGCACCUUUCUCCAGCAAAUUUCAAAUUGAAAACAUUACCUGCUAUGAUAAUGCACUUGCUAGUACUACACACCGUGUACAAAGAAAAACAGAGACAAGAGGUAUGCAAAGAGAAAACCUCCUUUUGUUGACACUUAAACUGAGUAAAGUUCUGAAAUGCAGAGAUGAUCUCUGACAUUUAUAAUGGAUACCUGUAUGUUCUUACUAUGUAAAUAAAGUUGCUGGUAUGAAGUGACAUUAAAGUUUGUCAAUA